GGUGUGGCGGCGGGAGGCGCUGUGCGUUGUCCGCAGCGCCCGGGUCUCACGUCUCUGCGGCUGCCGCUGAGGGUUACGAACGGAAUUCCGAGAUGAAGGCGGCGGCGCCAGGAGGAGCUGGGGUUUGGGACCAGCAGGGUUUACCCGACAGAGUUCACCGGCGUCGUCCGUUUUCCUUCGGAUCUAGUAUUUCCGUGCUUCACUCGGAGACGCCUGCACCUUGGGAGGCCCCGAACCAACUCCAGGAACUCUGCCGUCGGUUGGUGAUGGGGCACCACGGAGCGGAUCCUGACCAUCCUGCCCGCGGAGCUGCAGGCUCGCGUGUUAGAGCAUCAGCCCGAGAGCGGGGAGGAGGCUGCGAUCCCAUGGGGGGUUUGCAGAGAGAGCUCGAGGGAACAGGACGGCAGUUGUGAUUAGGUUGUAGCCACUACAUGUGUAAUGGGAGUGUGUUCAGAAUUUCCUCACCAGGCAGCACAGAAGCUACCAACUAUUCCACGCCAAGAAACGUCUAGACUUCCAGGCCAUUCAUGAGCAAGGAGUGUGUCCUGAAGGGUCACACGUUUGUUGCCCUCCUCUCUGACCAUUGGAGCGCGAAUGGCUGCAGCAUUCCUUCCACGGGCUCCUGAGGAGUCAGAGGGGCUCUUUGGAGUAAACAACAAAAAAUGGCCUGCCAAGGUUCGGGGAUCUGGCUCACAGUGGAACAGCCCAAACAACCAGGAAGUAUUCCGCCAGCGCUUCCGGCAGUUCUGCUACAAGGAGACCCCUGGGCCCCGUGAGGCCUUGAGCCAGCUCUGGGUAUUCUGCUGUGAGUGGUUAAGGCCUGAGAUACGCACCAAGGAGCAGAUCCUGGAGCUGCUGGUGCUGGAGCAGUUCCUGACCAUCCUGCCCGCGGAGCUCCAGGCCUGGGUGCGGGAGCACCAUCCAGAGAGUGGGGAGCAGGCCGUGGCUGUGCUGGAGGAUCUAGAGAAGGAGCUGGACGAACCAGGCCAGCAGGUAACGUAAUCGGAAUUGAGAAAGGAGAAUC